AUGGUGGACGAGGCAGGAGGAUUGAUCCAGAGAAAGGUCGAGACCUAUACAUCGUCGAUUGGUAUGGGCCAGAUGAUCCGGAGGCAAAACCCUCAGAAUUGGUCGCGACCCAAGAAGUUCUUUGUCACCUUCGAGAUAUGCUUCCUGACAUUCUCCGUCUACAUCGGCUCGGCCAUCUAUUCAGCGGGAAUACUGGGCGUGAUGGCUACUUUCGGUGUCUCUCAGGUCGCUGCAACAUUGGGUCUGACGCUGUUCGUGGCCGGAUACGCCGUUGGCCCCAUGAUCUGGGCGCCGAUGUCCGAAAUACCCCAGAUCGGACGUAAUCCAGUAUACAUCCUCACGCUCGCAGCCUUUGUCGCGCUGCAAGUACCCGUUGCACUUGCAUCCAACUUUGGCAUGCUUCUAGCUUUCCGAUUCCUGACUGGCUUCAUCGGCUCCCCGUCCUUAGCGACAGGAGGUGCGUCAAUCGCAGACAUGUACUCGCCAGCGAAGCGAACAUACGGCCUCACGGUAUGGGGCAUCGGUGCCGUUUGUGGGCCGACCCUGGGCCCACUUGUUGGAGGCUUCGCUGCAGAAGCCAAGGGCUGGAACUGGCCAAUCUGGGAAUUGAUGUGGCUGUCCGGUUUCGCUUUGUUCAUGUUUGUCUUUCUUUUGCCAGAGACAUCAUCAUCAAACAUUCUUUACCGACGGACUCGCCGUCUGCGCAAGCUGACCGGGAAUGACAAGCUCAUAUCAGAACCUGAGCUGAUCGGUAAAGAUAUGACCGGGAAAGACAUUGCCAUGAUGACUCUCGUCCGGCCCUUCACAUUGCUUUUCACCGAGCCCAUUGUGUUCGCUCUUGACCUUUACAUCGCCCUCAUAUACGGUCUUCUUUACAUCUGGUUUGAGUCGUUUCCGAUUGUCUUCGUUGAUAUAUACGGUUUCAGUCUUGGUAUGGAAGGUUUAGCAUUCCUUGGCAUUCUCAUAGGAGUCUUUGUGGUAUUGCCCCCUUUCGUCUGGUAUCAAUACAAAUAUGUCGAGCCCAAGUUCAACGAGAACGGCGAGCUGAAACCGGAACUACGCCUCCCCCCGUCAUUCGUCGGCGCAUUUGCGAUCCCCAUCUGUCUGUUUUGGUUUGGCUGGUCGAGCAGACCAGAUAUCCACUGGAUCAUGCCCAUCAUCGGUACGGCCUGGUUCUCUGUCGGCGCAUUCCUCCUCUUUAACUCGGUCAUGAACUACCUCUCCGAUGCGUACCCUGACAUGUUACGUGUGCUCGAGCGAUCUGAACAUAGCUCACCCUCAAAUGCAAUUCCGAUGGCUACUCCUGAGUGA